AUGUCCGGGAUCCGGUUAUUUUUCCGUUUUUUAAACGACGGGAGCGUGCGCGAGCGCGUGUGGCGGUACGCGCUCCCGCUGCAUCGGCGCGGGCCGGAGCUGCAGAGCGGUAGCGCAAACGCGUGGCUGCGGGAGCAGGGCCGAACGCCUGGCUGCAUUAUUGGUGACAAGCUGCCGCAGGUCCCGUUUUGGGUGGAGCGAGCGGCGCUCGACAGACUGAUGCGCAAGCCGGGAUUCGAGCUAAGCUCACUGCACCUCAGCCUCGAGGGCGAGAUCAUCCGCGCGCUCCCCGCAGAGAUCCAGCGCUUUGAGAAUGGGCACGACACGCAUGCGAUCCACAUCACCUUCCAGAGGUGGCCACGCGACGCGCAGCGGAGCCCGGUCAAGCGGCGGCUCCACAGCAGGCUCAUCAACGAGAUCAAGUGCCCCGCCGUCAAGCAGGGCGGCUACGUGCACGAGUUCUACUCGCGGCUCGGCAUCCCCGUGCUGCUACACGACCCUGACAACAUCCCGCAGCACCUCGUGAUCGACAUGGCGAGGCACGACAACGGCGACAUCCGCGCCGAGCACAUCGACGUGCCGCCAGGAGUCACGCUGCGGCCGCAGCACGGCGCGCCAAUCGAGCGGCAGCGGCCGCCCGCCGCCGCCUCACAGCUCACCCUCUCCCUGCGCCGCCCCCCCUCCUUGCAGGUCAGCCGGCCAACUUUCUCGUCGCGCGCGCUAAGCGCAUCCGAAGCUAAGGAAGGCGAGAGACUUAGGCCAGAUUCGUAUCGGUGUAUGUGUUGCAAGCGUGACCUCUCCCCAACGGAGCAACACAUUGUGUUCUCGUAA